AUGUUAUUCCUUCUGAUUGUCUUGGUACACAAAGUAGUUACUCUGAGAUGCCCUGCAAGUGAUGCUUUCCCUGUUCCACAUGAGUGGUUCCAGCCUGGAGAUCUUGUCAUUGGUGGGAUGGUGUCUCAAAUUUUUUACCACUUUUAUGAAAUUGAAUUUAAGGACCAUCCUUCUCUAAAACCCUAUGACUUACCACUUGUAGUCACCAAAUUCUACCAGCACGUCCUUGCCUUGGCCUUUGCUGUGAAGGAGAUCAAUGAAAAUCCACAGAUGUUAUCUAACAUCACUCUCGGGUUCCACAUCUAUGACAGUUACUACAGACCAAGGAUGACCUACCGCACCACUCUUGACCUGCUUUUUAAAUCUCAGGAAUUUGUCCCUAAUUACAAAUGUGAUAGCCAGAAGAAUCUCAUGGCCAUCAUUGGAGCACUUGUGUCUGAUACUUCUUCCUAUAUGGCAGAAACAAUAAAAGUCUUCAAGAUUCCACAGUUGACCUAUGGUUCCUUUGCCCAAGAAGAGGUCCAGGAUAGUAAAAUAUCUUCACUUUACUGCAUGGUCCCCAAAGAGGAACAUCAAUACAGUGGUGUUAUACAGCUUCUGCUCCAUUUUGGAUGGAGGUGGAUUGGAGUCUUUACCUUUGAUAAAAAUAAAGGAGAACAUUUUUUGCAGAAACUGCAUCCUUUGCUUUCUCAAAACGGGAUCUGCUUGUCUUUCACACAAAGAGUUCCACAACGAGCCCAGUUAGAAGAAAUUUCAGAAUUUUUUGAUGUAAUCUCAACUAUUUUUUAUCAACUGAUAGAUCAGAAGGUCAAUGUUCUUCUUGUCUAUGGUGAAUCAUUUACAAUUCUGUGGCUCAGAAGUGUUGUGUUUCUACGUGAUUAUGAAAAUAAAGAGAGUGCAUCAUUUAGAAAGGUUUGGAUCCUGAUGUAUCCAAUUGAUUUCAUACUGACAGGACUUCAAAGGGCUUGGGAUGUCCAGUUGUUCCAUGGAUCUCUUUCCUUUACAGUGCAUUCAAGAGAAGUUCAAGGCUUCAAAGAAUUUAUUCAAGUCAUCAAACCUUCAACCCACAAAGAUGGAUUUCUUCAAGAGGUUUGGGAGCAAUUGUUCGACUGUUCACUUUCAAAUGAAGAAUUACCCUCAAUGCCCAAUGAAACUUGCAGUGGUGAAGAGAAUGUGGAGACUCUGCCUGCUCCUCUGUUUGAGUUGCAGAUGACUGCCCAAAGCUACAGUAUCUACAAUGCUGUUUAUGCAGUAGCACAUUCAUUGCAUGAGGCAGUGAGAUCAAACUCCCAACACAGAAGAAUUAAAAUCUUUGAAUUUUCAAAUCUGCGGCCUUGGCAGCAGCUCCAUCCAUUUCUUCAAGGCAUUUCUUUUAACAAUUCGGCUGGGGAGAGAGUGUUCUUGAAUGAGAAAGGGGAAGCAAAGGGUGGAUUUGACAUCAUCAACCUGAUCACAUUUCCUAACAGAUCUUUCCAGAAAGUUAGAGUUGGAGAGUUGGAUCCCAGUGCUCCAAAAGGGAAAGAAUUAUUCAUUGAUGAAGAUAUGAUUGCCUGGCACCCAGCUUUUAACCAGGUACUUCCAAUUUCUCUGUGUAAUGAUCAUUGUUCCCCUGGAUACUGGAAGAAAGGGGUCGAAGAAAAAGAAUUCUGUUGCUACGACUGUGUUCCAUGUCCAGAAGGGAAGAUUUCAAAUCAAAAUGAUAUGGAUGACUGUUUUGAAUGUUCAGAAGAUCAUUAUCCAAAUAAAGAAAAGAAAGGAUGUAUCCUAAAAAUGAUGGUCUUUCUAACUUUUGAAGGAACCUUAGGAAAUUGUUUAGCCUUGACUGCUCUUUGUUGUUUCUUCUUGACAUCUUGGGUACUUGGAACUUUUAUUAAGCACCGGGAUACUCCCAUUGUCAAGGCCAACAACCGGUCCCUCACCUACACCCUCCUUAUCUCUCUUCAGCUCUGUUUUAUGUCCUCUUUGUUCUUCCUCAGCCAACCUAGCAAGGUGACCUGCCUUCUCCGACAACCAACUUUUGGCAUCACCUUCUCAGUAGCCAUUUCUAGUGUUCUGGCCAAAACCAUCACUGUAGUUGUUGCUUUCAUGGCCUCUAAACCAGGAUCUCAGAUGAGGAAAUGGGUGGGGAAAAGAUUGUCUUUUUGUACUGUCCUUUCCUGUUCUCUCUUACAAGUGUAUAUUUGUAUUCUGUGGUUGUCAACAUAUCCACCAUUCUCUGAGUUGGACAUGCAUUCAGAGCUCCAAGAAAUGAUUUUACAGUGCAAUGAGGGGUCAGCUUUCUUUUUCUAUUGUGUCUUGGGCUACAUGGGUGUCUUGGCCAUCGCCAGCUUUGUUGUGGCUUUUCUUGCCCGUAAAUUACCUGACAGUUUUAAUGAAGCCAAGUUCAUCACCUUCAGCAUGUUAGCCUUCUGCAGUGUGUGGAUCUCCUUUUUUCCAGCCUAUCUGAGCACAAAAGGAAAAGUCAUGGUAGCUGUGGAGGUCUUCUCCAUCUUGUCCUCUGGGGCUGCAUUACUGGGAUGCAUAUUCUUGCCAAAAUGUUACAUCAUUUUUUUCAGACCUGGGCUAAACCAGAGAAAGCAGCUAAUAAAGAGGACUUAG